CCAGGCCCCUUGUGGGGGCCGCUCCAAAGAAACUGCAGGCGCCUUGCCUGGGGGCGUCCCUGGAGCCACUUACAGGAAGAACGGAGUCUGGCAGAAGUCUGCAUCCCAGUGGGAGAAGGAUGGAGGCCGGGAACAAGGUGGCAGGAGGAAGUGGCCGUGAUCAUGGACACAAACCCGGAGCAGACCUUCUUCUCCAGCAACCACUGGCUCUUCUUCUCCGUGUACCUCUUCACCUUCCUCGUGGGGCUCCCCCUCAACGUGGUGGCCCUGGUGAUCUUCGUGGGCAAGCUGCGGCGCCGCCCGGUGGCCGUGGACGUGCUCUUGCUCAACCUGACCCUCUCCGACCUGCUCCUGCUCCUCUUCCUGCCCUUCCGCAUGGCAGAGGCGGCCAGCGGCAUGCUCUGGCCCCUGCCCUUCGUCCUCUGCCCCGUCUCCGGAUUCCUCUUCUUCACCACCAUCUACCUCACCUCCCUCUUCCUGGCGGCUGUGAGCACCGAGCGCUUCCUGAGCGUGGCCUACCCGCUGUGGUACAAGACUCGGCCGAGGCCGGGCCAGGCUGGCCUGGUCAGCGGAGCCUGCUGGCUCCUGGCCGCCGCUCACUGCAGCGUGGUCUACAUCAUCGAACUCUCGGGGAACUCUUCCCAGAGCCAGGGUAAAAACGGGACGUGCUACCUGGAAUUCCGGGACGACCAGCUGGCCAUUCUCCUGCCUGUCCGGCUGGAGAUGGCCGUGGUCCUUUUUGGGGUGCCCCUGCUCGUCACCGGCUACUGCUACAGCCGCCUGGUAUGGCUGCUCGGCAGGGGGGCCAGCCACCGCCGGCGGAAGAGGGUGGCGGGGCUGGUGGCAGCCACGUUGCUCAAUUUCCUCGUCUGCUUUGGGCCCUACAACGUGUCCCAUGUCGUGGGCUACAUCCAGGGCAGAAGCCCGACGUGGAGAAGUUACGUGCUGCUCCUUAGCACCCUGAAUUCCUGUGUCGAUCCCCUCGUCUACUACUUCUCAUCGUCUGGGUUCCAAGCCGACUUUCAGGGACUGCUGAGGAGGCUGACUGGGGUCUGGGGUCCUGGGAGGCAGGAGAACAGCGAGCAACCGCAGGAGAGGAAGGAGGGAGAGGAGCAGGUGCAGGAGCCGCCCAACAGAGAGAACAGGUAGUGGGCUCCGGAGGGCCGUGGAGUGGGUGGCCGAGUGGCCCGGGCUGACAGACAUAUCAUCCCCGGGGCAGAUCCUGGCUCAAGCCAGGCAGGACCUUGGAGUGGCAUGCCGGGGACCGUGUGGCCCGGGGCAGAGCAGGCGCCCAGCCUUCCUGAGGAUGUGCUCACCAAAGCCCAGUUCUUGAUCCCACCAUGCUGCCCCCCCUUCCCAUCCCCACAUGCUAUGGAUUCAGCCCUGAGAAGUAGCCGGGGUGAGCGAGGGCUCUGGAGAAAAUGAGCUCCCAUGGCAACAGGCCGGCGGCCGUGCUUCUCGGACGGUAAAGAAGGAGUUGAGGGCAGUGUCCAGGGCCUGAGGGAGUUGCCCAGGGCCUUGGGACAGGGCAGACGAAGAAUCUACCCUUCAGAGCUGCUGAUCCGGCAGGUCAGGAGUUGGGGACAGGACUUCAGGCCUGAGGGAGCAUCCUGCUCUCACAUGGGCUUUUCCAGAAAGUUUCCGUUGUUCAACCAAUUCAGAUUUUCAGGGACAGUUAUGGAAAAUGAUAGAAGAAAAAUUACCUAAAUAAAUUUGAUA